CUGGUCCCUGGUUCCUCUUGUCUUUGGAUUCCCCUGGUCUGCCUGUUGUCUCCUACUUCUUCGCGCGUUGGAGACCACCGGGGAAAAGGCUCUUAUGAGUGCGCCUCCGCUGAUCCGUGCGCCCAGCCCGCUCCUGUUCUCAGGGGGGAUAAACAACACCGGCACCGGGGGAGGAGGAGGUGGAGGAGGAGGAGGGGGGGAUGUGAUCUCCUUCCACAUCCAGAUCGGUCUGAGCCGCGAGCCGGUGCUGCUGGACGCCGCAGAGCUCAGCCUCAGUCAGGUGCGCGAGGUGGCGUGCUCCAUCGUGGACCAGAAGAUACCAGAGUGUGUUUUCUAUGGGAUGUACGAGAAGAUCCUUCUGUUUCGUCAUGACCAGACCUCGGAGAACGUGCUGCAGCUGCUGCGCUCCGCCUCGCAGAUCCAGGAGGGAGACCUGGUGGAGGCCGUGCUGUCGGCUAGCGCCACAGUGGAGGACUUCCAGAUCCGUCCACACUGCCUGUUUGUUCACUCGUACCGAGCUCCAACCUUUUGCGACCACUGUGGAGAGAUGCUGUGGGGACUCGUACGACAGGGACUCAAGUGUGAAGGCUGUGGGCUGAACUAUCACAAGCGUUGUGCCUUUAAGAUCCCCAAUAACUGCAGCGGAGUGAGGAGGCGUCGCUCGUCCAAUGUUUCCCUGACAGGAGGGCUGGUAAACCUCGGUCGCCCCCUUUCUGCUGAGCCCUCACCGCCCCAUUACACCGACGAGGCUUUACUGUCUCCAGUCAGUCCCAGCAUGGAGCAGAAGACCCAGUUAGAUUACUUCCCGGGUCGAGAGCGUCGCUCCAGCUCCCAGUCGUAUGUCGGCCGUCCCAUCGAACUAGACAAGAUCCUACUGUCGAAGGUUAAAGUUCCUCACACUUUCCUGAUCCAUUCGUACACCCGACCCACCAUCUGCCAGCACUGCAAGAAGCUGCUGAAAGGCCUCUUCAGACAAGGCCUCCAGUGCAAAGAUUGUAAAUUCAACUGUCACAAACGAUGUGCUCCAAAAGUGCCAAACAACUGCCUGGGAGAGGUUUCCAGAAAUGGAGACCUCUUGAGCCCGGGGGUGGAGUCAGACAUGGUCAUGGUUGAGGGUUGCCUCGACGAUGACGAAAGAGGAGGUGGCCUGAUGGACGAUAUUGACGAUGCGUUGACAUCAGAGGGGGGUUGCCUGCUGGAGGCGGGUCCAAGCGACCUCUGUGACCCACACGACCCUGACCUGGAUGAGUCCAACAGGGCCAUCAGCCCGUCCACCAGUAACAACAUCCCUCUGAUGCGAGUGGUUCAGUCCGUCAAACACACAAAGAGAAAGACCAGCAACGUGAUGAAAGAAGGCUGGAUGGUCCACUACACCAGCAAGGAUACCCUGAGGAAAAGACAUUACUGGCGGCUGGACAGUAAAUGCAUCACGCUGUUCCAGAACGACACAGGAAGUAAAUACUACAAGGAGAUCCCUCUCUCUGAGAUCUUGACUCUGGAACCGGCUCAGACCUUCUCUCUUCUUCCUGAUGGAGCCAAUCUCCACUGCUUUGAGAUCACCACGGCAUCUCUGGUUUACUACGUCGGAGAACACCUGCAGAGAGCCGAGUCAUCCGUGAGCGGCAGCAGCAUUCUGGUCAGCGGGGUGGGGCAGGAUGUUGCUCGGAUGUGGGAGAUGGCCAUCCAACAUGCUUUGAUGCCCGCCGUCUCUACGGGAAUUUCCCACAGCUCUCACCGCAGCGGACACAAGGAAAUCUCAAUCAGUAUUUCUGUCUCCAACUGCCAGAUUCAGGAGAAUGUGGAUAUUAACUCUGUGUAUCAGAUUUUCCCCGAUGAGGUUCUUGGGUCGGGACAGUUUGGCAUCGUCUAUGGAGGUAAACACAGAAAGUCCGGUCGAGACGUCGCCAUCAAGAUUAUCGACAAACUCCGUUUCCCCACCAAACAAGAGAGUCAGCUGCGCAACGAGGUGGCCAUCCUGCAGAGUUUGCACCACCCGGGCGUGGUCAACCUGGACUGCAUGUUUGAGACACCGGAGAGAGUGUUCGUCGUCAUGGAGAAGCUCCACGGAGACAUGCUGGAGAUGAUCCUGUCCAGUGAGAAAGGACGACUGCCGGAGAGGAUCACCAAGUUCAUGGUCACACAGAUCCUGGUGGCUUUGCGUCACCUCCACUUCAAGAACAUCGUCCACUGUGAUCUGAAACCCGAAAACGUCCUGCUGGCUUCUGCAGACGCAUUUCCACAGGUGAAGCUGUGUGAUUUUGGCUUCGCGAGAAUCAUCGGUGAGAAGUCGUUCAGGCGUUCGGUGGUCGGCACGCCGGCGUAUCUCGCUCCGGAGGUCCUGAGGAACAAAGGCUACAACCGCUCUCUGGACAUGUGGUCGGUCGGGGUCAUCAUCUACGUCAGUCUCAGCGGGACGUUCCCUUUCAAUGAGGAUGAAGACAUCAAUGAUCAGAUCCAGAACGCUGCCUUCAUGUACCCUCCUCAUCCGUGGAAGAAAGUCUCCCAGGAAGCGAUUGACCUGAUUAACAACCUGCUGCAAGUCAAGAUGAGGAAGAGAUACAGCGUGGACAAGACCCUCAGUCACCCCUGGUUACAGGACUACCAGAUGUGGCUGGACCUGAGGAACCUGGAGUCCCGGAUGAACGAGCGCUACAUCACCCACGAGAGCGACGACCUGCGCUGGCACCACCACGCCCAGCUCAGCGGCCUCGACUACCCGCCACACCUGCUGAACGGCCCCCGCAGCGACAGCGGUCAGAAGGUGGAGCGCUACCAGGACCACCAGGAGGAGGAGCUGGAGACUCUCAGUGAGAGGGUCAGUGAACUCUGAGAAGGGGGAUCUCCAAGCUGAGGACAGAAACAGCAAACGUAACAAAACAAAAAAGCACAACAUUAAAGUCAGGAGACAUUUUAAAGAUGCAUUGAUAUAUAACAUUUCCUUCACUGACAGAAAAAACUAUUAAGGGUUCGAUAUUCGGAAGCAUUCACUACAAACUAAAAAUCAUGACUCAGCAUCUCAUAGCUACACAGAUAUCUCUGAAAGUUAGUUUCUUGUUUUGGAAUAACGAGGUCCAAUCUUGUAUUUGUUUUCUUGUUAUUAUGUCGUUACUUUUUUCACUGAAGCAGAAAAAUACACGAAGCUCUGGGCCCCUCUCUGGAGGUCAGGUAUGUCGCCUCGUAAGUUAAGUUCUAACAAAAUCCAUCGAAUGUAGGUCAGUUAUUCUCGAUACUUGGAUAUGCUUCAGGAAAACAAACAGCCGACGUCACAGCGCUUGGUAGGCUUUCAUUUAUUUAGUUGACAGCUGAUUGCUUGAAACAGAUUGCUUGUAAUAAGGGGGAAUAGGAAGGGUGUAUUUCAAGCUUACUAUGUUAAUAAGUUAUUGGCCUUUUUUAUUAACGAAGAUUGACUGACAUUCUUUGAAAACUACGCUCAUUAACGCAUGAAUACUUGGUAAUAUAUUUUUAUUUAGGAAAUGUGUGGGCCGUAUAAGUUCAAGCUCAAAGUUUUAUUGGUCACAUGUUUGCAAAAAGAACAUUUCACUUACAGGGAAAUUAAAAGGGGGGCCAUCGUUCUGUCUGUCACUGUGCAAAUCACUGGAACCUGAAUAAAUAAUAAUAGUUUAAAACAGAAAUUCCUUAAAGAGGUAAUGCUAUAAAAAACGGUCAAAUAAAUUCAUUUAAAUAUAGUUUAAAAUGCAGAAACGUGGCUGGAAAUUUGUGCAGGUAUUAUGCAAAGUGCAAAGGUGCCAGUUAUAGUCCACCGGAGUUGAGCAGUCUAACUGCACUGUGGAAAGAAGCUCCUCCUCAGUCUCUCAGUCCUAGCUUUGAGGCAACAUUUUACUGUAGAAUUAGCUGAGGGCCAUUUCAUAAUGGACAACGGGCCGCAGUUGGCCCCCGGGCCAGAGUUUGGACGCCCAUCCACUUAGAUAAUUACAAGAAAAUUAUCUCCAUUUUUUUAUCCUUUCAAGGUAAAAUGAUCAUAAUUAGAAAAUGUGUCCCAUAGAAGACCAAACUGUUAUCUAUAAUGAUAUGAUUUCUAUGAGUAACUAAGGAUUUCAUUUGACUGUUUGUGAUUGUUUUGGAAUUAUGAAACAUGAAUCUUAUUUUUAGGAUAGUCAUAAUCACUGAUUUAUUGCAGACAAAACAAGCACCAUCAACAUAUCUAUCAUAUAUCUAUCCCUCAUCAUAACAACAUUCAGAAUAUAACUUCCUUACUUUGUAAUUACAAAACAAGGAGGCUUAACUUUUGGAUCUGGGACAUUGGAUAAUGCUGAGUCAUAAUUUCAAAAUAAAACACAUUAUUCUUUGCCGGUUUCCUUGAUCCAUGACUUAUUGAUAAGAAGACCUCUGAAAUCUGCACUUCUCUUAGACAAUCAGAGCAUCAGAUGUUAGGAUGCAGCAGGUUUGGCUUGUUAGUGGGACACCUUCCCAGUUAAUGCCUCUCUUGGAUUCAUCACUUUUCUACAGACCUCACACUGAUGAAAAUGAAAACAAGUCACAGCUUUAAAUGAUGUGGAUCUUUUAACACAAAGUCGGCUUUCUUUGAAGAUAUGACCUUGUAUAGAAUAUCAUUAAUUAACAUUGAGAUCAAUGUAGUUACAGGGUAGGGUUAGGGUCCAAACCGCACAAAAACAAAAUCCCCAUCAGGGUUUUAUCUUGAGCCAUGACCAAGAAGUAUUUAUUUUGUGUGUGAUGUGUAAUGAAAGCUAUACACGUGUUUUCUUUACUAAAACAAAGACCACUAAGUACAGUUGUGGACAAAAAACUGUAAAUACUGACGUUGAUUUCCAUUUGUAUUUUGUCUGUCUGAACGUAUUUGUAGCAUUUUGGAAUUCAAAUCCUCAAUUGCUUAAAAAAAAGAAAAGAAACCAGUGCCAGAAAAUACGGAUAUUCCGUGUAAGGCUGUCUAUAGCUCUCUUAUCUGUGGGUGUUGCCAACUGUGGCUUAACAACAAAAAAAGCUGCCUUUCACACGGUCUGAACGAUUACCACCAUCAGUUUGAAAAAGAGUGGAAAACAUGUGCUUUACAAAAACAAACGGCAUUGUGUGCGUGUUAUUUUCAGUUGGAAAGGAUGCUAACCUGAAUGCUACGUAGCCGCUGUGAACAGAAUACAUGUUGUACGUUUCUCAGCACAUUUACUGUUCAAAAGGUCCUGAUACACACUGUUCUAGCUUCGUAUGGGAUGUCAAUUCAAAGCCAAGGUCUCACCUCAAGCUUGCUGUUGUGUUUAUUUCCAAAUUGGAUAUCUUGGUUAUCUUAAAUGGCUUCAGGGUGAACGUCAAAUGACUCGCAUUCAUCAGUAUCCAUUUUUUAGCUUUUGCUCGCUGCUUUUUCAACAUGCUCUCUUGCUGUGUUUCAAUCUGCACGCUUUUGUACUCACAGUAGACUGUUUUGAGCGCAUGACGUUCAAUAUGUUGAGUCUGGAAUUAGAAAACUUCUCACAUUUACCAAUCGCCAUUUUAACUAAAUAGCAGAAGUUGCAGCAACAGAAGUGGUUGCAUGUUGCAGCACUAAAAGUGAUGCAUGAGUUUGCUUCACUAUUUAAGUUACAUACCACUUUAACUGGUUUCAAAAGGAAGCCACCAUUAAUUGCAUUGGGUUAGUUUAGCAGUCUGUAAUCAUUGGUUCUAUGAACAAACAUGACAUCUAACUAGCUAACAAAGCACACAGUUAAAGGUCAUUAGCUUAACUUUAGCAUUUGAAUUUCAAAGUUAAACAACAUUUUCACAAUUUCUAAAUAUCACGUGAAUCAAAAUUGACAGGACAGACUUUCAAACGCUAGUUAUUUUUGUACAAGUAACAUCAGAUAAGAUAAGAUGCACUUAAAUGAUCCCAGAUUGGGACAGUUUUCAUUGUAAUACGGUUAUUAAGAUAAGAGAAAUCUGAUCCAGAGGGAGAAUGCGUGCAACGGCAAAACGACAGAAAUAAAUAUAAGAUAUACUUUAUUGAUCCCUUAAAUGUCUUUACACACAGGGAGGAUAUACAUGCACAAGCAACCACACACAUGCAGGAGAGGUGGCAGAGCAGGGUGGCUGCCAGGUGCCCGGCGCCAGCGAGCAGUUUCAGGGUUUGGUGCCUUGCUCAUGGACACCUCGGCAGUGGCUCAGGAGGAGAACUGGCAGCUCUCCAGCUACAUGCGCACUCCAUUUUUCCGGUAGAAUCGGGACGUAAACCGGCGACCCUUUGAACCCCAGUCCAAGCCCUUGCAGACUAAGCCACUGCCGCCCUAAUACAUGUUUAGAUUGGAGGUGUGCAACUUUUAAAUGAACGGCAGAACAAAUAUUUCAUAAUCAAUGGGUAUUAAGGCUUCUUUAUUUCCUCCAUCUUGCUUCCAUGCAGUAAAAACUGAACAUUCAAAAGGUUUUCUAUCUCUGGACUUGCAUCAUAAAACAUGACUUCGAGGCUUUUUCCAAAUCAUUUGAUGCUUUGCCACUCGAGCAUUCAAAAUGUAUUUUCUCCUCCCACAGUCGUUUUCCUCCAGAGCACAGCGUGGGUGGCUGUAAUGGCCGCUGCAAAUUAAUUGUAAAAGUUUAUAGUUUAUUGGCCUUUGUGCGGCUCAGUGGACAGUAAUGGUUCACAAAAGGCCCCCCCCCCCCGUCAUGCUCUGCGAGACGUCUGUUUACCGAUAAGCAAGGCAAAGUUGAACUGCCACAUUUUGAAGCAGUCCCAUGCAGAGACGAAGAAGAACAGCGUGUAUACGGGUUUGUUUUAUUGUCAUUGUGCCGCCAUAGAUCUGACAAACAAGGGCUGUUUCUCUGAAGCCUUCAUGGCCUUGUCUUCUUCGUGCCUCUCUCGUUGAUAAAUGCUUCUGUCUGAAUCUGAAUCUGACUUUUCAGAAUCCCCUGAAAUGUCACGUAUGUUUCUUUGUAAAGAGGUGACUUAACUUUCAUUUGUUGAAAUACUUGUUGUGUGUACAAAUGUGUACGCUCUGCUAAUGAAGGUGUAAACUGUAGAACACUUAAAGGCUUAUAUUGGGCGAACAGGUAAUGGUACCAGUCAUUUUUCCACAAACAAUAAGCCAAUAAGCAAGUUUGAAUUUUCGGGCAUUCGAUCUGCAAGAGGGACUGCAGAAGAUGUAGGAAGUUGGUCAGCCGAUACACCUGUUAUCCUCAUUGCAAUGUAUAUUUAUAAUAAACCAAAUCAAAUAGGAUACACCCCACUGCGAAUGCUUGAUUGUAUUGAUAUAUAUAUUUAUAUUUAUUACAUCUGUUGCGGCAAAAUCUGUAUAUAUGAGGAGCCAGAAUUAGACGGUAAGGCUGAUUUGAACUGAUUUGGCAGCAGAAAUGAGUUGUUUAUUGUACAGAAGUUAAGGUUUACCUGCUACGGAGACAUUAGAACCACCAGUGAAUAAUCAAAGGGCUUCUUAGAUUAGACUGUUCACACCAGGGAUGACACCCGUACAGAUCGCUGCCGUUGACGAGAAUCAGCUUGGUAUUUUUUUUAGAUUUUCAGCACGUAGCAGGUCCUCUGGAGUCGGAGGGGGAUCUUGACGAACUGGAAACGUGAGGAACAAAACUUCAGGAAGUCACUACUCCCGACAAAGAAAUAGUCCCAUGCAACUUUUUGAACAGGUCAAAGAAAAUACUUACACUUUUUCCCGUAACUAUUGCACAAAGCCAGGCUAACUUUCAGAUUUGUUUCUAUCCAAAUGAUGAGAGCUGUAUGGAUCUCUUCAUCCUAUCCUCAGCAAGAGAGGUCAUAAUGUUCUUUCAGCAUGAGUUCCCUUUUAAAUCCAAUCCGUGAUCCACAUUACUCCAAUGUUCUCAUGGUUCAAUGCUCACAUAUAUUCUCAAUUUAUGAUUUGAAAAGAAGAAAUUCACACUAUCACGUUACCAUAUACGCUCUAGAGUUUCGUUCUCUCAAGUUGUUAUCUUAAGGUUUUGGACGUGUGUUUCUCUUGAUAUAAACUAACAUUGUUAAAGAUUGGUAAGGGCUACCGUCGCAGUUCAUAUUGCAAAACAACACCGAGAGGUGGACGUUUCAAAUGUAGUUUGAUUGGAAAAAUCCAUUCAGCCACUGCGGUGAAAUCAAUGCUAACAUAACUGAGGGCGAAGCUUUCAAGGAGUAUAACAUCUGCUGGCUUCAGCUAGGUGAUUAGGAAGUUAAGAAUAUGAAACAUUUGAAAAGGUCUCAUUCAUUUUAAAGAAAUUGAACCAGGGAACGUCGAACCCUACAAGCAUGAAUACUCUGCCAUAUUUACCUCUGCUUAAUUUACAAAGUAGAUCCAUACUUCUAAAACCUAUUCUAGGUCAGAUUUAAUUUAGAUUUGGGUAUAUCUAGAAGACCCACUUUCAAUGGAUACCACUGAAGAUGUAGGGUUUUGGUUUUUGAAUGUGAGUCGGGGUUAGGGUUAGGGUCAGGGUCAGGGUCAGGGUUAGGGUUAGGGUUGGCUGGUGUGUGAAAGGUCACAGGUUCAAAGCUGUGGUUAUCCUCAUGUAAAAAGAAAACACUGCCUGUAACCCCUCUCUGCGAGUGUGCUGGCUAAAUCCCGGUCUAUAAAAUAAAGAAUGCCACAUGAACAGUUUGCUGCGUGUUUCAGCUCAGUAUUAGUGGGGGCGGGGGGGGGACUCCUCUGAAUGUAUCCAUGUUGCUGUAUGUUUGACUGUUUCUCUGUGUGGCUUCACUCCUCUGUGCUCUCAACAA